AUGCAGACCGAGAUUCAGCAGGUGGAGAGAGUGAGGAGGAGAGUCCCUGCCGAGGAGAGGGUGUAUCCGCAGUUCCUCUUCACCGCCAACUUGAUCCGGGCCCAGCUGGUCGAUCCUGCCGAGAUGACGGAAGACAGGAGGGCUGCCGAGGCUAAAAGGAUGAACGAGUCCUCGAAGCGCCGUCUCAUGAUGGGCUUCCAGGGGAAAAAGAAGAAAACCCAGCCGCAGGGCUCGGCAUCGGUAGACCCCGAGGACCAGACCUUGGCCGACCGCCUCCGUGAACUCAAUGCUGAAUCGGCACAGGCCGGAGCGGCGGCGGCCGGCCCUUCUCCCCGUCGAGGCACCGCUACCGAAGGAGCUUCCUCCCGCGCGGCCGGCAAACGGCCCUUCACCGUCGACCUGGAUGCCGAACCGGCUCCAAAACGCGGACGGCAGGCCGAGCCAACUCGGGCCAUCUUUGCUGCCGAAAAUGACGAGGAGCCUGCCGAUCCCGUCACGCUGGCCUGUCCGUCGAAGACGGUCCAGUUUGCGAACCACAUGAUCAUUGGUUCGCAAAUGGAGCUGAGCGAGAUCGAGGAGCUGCCGAAGAAGCUCCUCCGAGAGGAGGCGGGUCGCGCCUUCCGUCUUCAGGCAUCGAUAAGUCUAAAACAUUUUUAG